AUGACAGACCUGAAUUACACCGAGUACCUGCAGUCCGUCUAUCCGGGAACAACGUGGGAGACCACCCGCCUGACCGGGGGCGUCGUCAAUUCCACACACCGCGCGACGAGGCUUUCUGGGAGCGCCGGUCCGGCCAGUCUCGUCCUCAAGCACGCCCGUUCGUACGUCGAAAGCGUCGGUCCAGGCCUACACUUUUCUACCCAGCGACAGGCUGUCGAGGCGGCGAUUCUGAAACUAUGGGAUGAGGACGGCCCUCUGUUCGAGUCCCGCAAGACGGUGGCGCCAUGGAAAACGCCGCGCCUCCUCCGUCACGACAGCGGCAAGGAGUCGGUCUUGAAGCUGAGCGUCUCGGAUCAGGAGGCGUCCAUCUUGCUGCUCUCCGACCUCGGGCGACUCGUCAACGUUGUCGAGUUUAUCAAAACCGCCGCCAAGGACGCCGUUGCAACUGCCGACAAGAUCGCCAAGCUCGGUCGCGACACGGGCUCCAUCAUGGCCCUCGUUCACAGCCCAGAGACGGUGCGGAAGAUACAAGCCGAGCAGCCUCAGACGUACGAGAAGCUUUCCGUGUCCGUAUCGAAGGGCAUUGUCUGGGAAUUCGCCGUCCUCCCCAUCAAGGAACGCAUCAAAAGCUACGCCAACGCGGACAAGCUGUUCACCGCCACGGCCCAGGAAUACAACGACCCCGAGUACGACUACCGACCAGCCCUCAGCAUCGGCGACUUCCAUCCCGGCUCCAUACUGCUGUCCGAUCCCGCGGUCGCGGUGGACCUCACGCCCGCGCUGGUGGACUGGGAGUUUGGCCGCGCCAACGGCCGCGGCGUCAACGGCGACGUCGCCCAAUUCCUCUCCAGCAUGCGCUGCGAGAUCCUCGACGCCCAGGACGACGCCGCCCUGCACGCGCUGCUGGUGCUGUACGUCACGAGCUUCUGUUCCGCGUACCGAGAGGCGGCCAGGCUCCGGGUGAGGAGGGACGUGCGCGACGGCAACCUGCAGCUUCUGCGGUCUGCGUUCUCCUUGCACGGCCGCGAGGACGUCAACUUGGCGCACGACGUGUACCAUGCCAGCGCGCGGCGCAGGGACAUGAUUGACGUGGGUGUGUGGUAUCUCGAGAGGGCCGGCGACAGCGCGGAGCACUUUGUGUCGGACGCCAACUGGGAAGAGAUUAAAAAGGAAGACCGGUGUUUACUUCAGUCAUUGUUCAUUAUGGAAUAG